AUGGAGGAUCACAGAGAGGAAAUGGCCGAAGAACGUCAGGAGGGACAAGGACAGCGUCAAUCCCUGGCGACGGCAAAAACAUACUUCACAAAAAUGGCCAACUUGGUCAAGGAGACGGUGAAGAAAGCUGAGUUGAUUUUGGCCGAGGAGCCAGAACCACGGCGCAUUAUUAUGCUCAAAAACCUAAACAAGAAGCUGAUAACGCAACUUGUCGACGUUUCCGGUUUCAAGGAAACGAUCGAACUCAAGGUUGAAGCGUCCGCCGUAUUGAAAGCGGAUAAGGCGAACAGCAUAAAGUUGAUCGAAGAGCACUGCGGAAAGCUGAGAUUCGCAGAGUUGCAGGAAAAGGUGGCGGCGGUGAUCGAGAAGGCGGAGCGGGCGAUCGCGGCCACUCCAAUUCCGGAAGGCGAGGAGACGCCAGAAGGAGAAGAAAGAGGCCAAUCGGAGACGGAGAGCAGUAAUGAGAAUCAGCUCACGAUCGGACAGGCUCAAAAGGCGUAG